GUAAUUGACAAACGAUUUUCAUUGGCUGAGUAUAGUAUUAACUCCUUGCGGUUUACGUAAACGUGUCUGAAUGACAUAAUCGAUCUCUCCCUUUCUCAAACUCCAACUCACCUGGCAGAAAUACGAAAUGGGAUUCAUGCUGCCAUUACCAACCGACCAAAGAGAGCACGCUCGUGCUCUCAUGUCUCAAAAAGAGAACAUCGAGGCCGAACUGGACGCUCAGUUUUCUAUCCUCAAAGCCAAUAACAUUGAUAUGACCUCAUCCCUGGUAGAUCGGGAAGGUUUUCCUCGGGCAGACAUCGAUUUAUACGUCAUACGGCAUGCUCGCAGACGCAUAAACGAGCUGCGAAACGACUACAAAACUGUCAUGAAUGAGAUUGAGACAGCUCUUCAGGCGGUAUACGAUCCAUCGACAGUCGGAUCAUCACCUGCCGCAUCUGAGGAGGUCGCGCAGCACACGGGUUCAAUGGAUAGUGCGGAAUCGUUGCUUUCUUUUGCAAGAGUGGACGGUGUGGCUCCAGGUAGUCCCGCAGCAGAAGCGGGACUUCGACGGGAAGAUGUGGUAUUGAAGUUUGGAUCUCUCGCACGAUCAUCAUUUACAGCAAAUUCUUUGCAACCUUUGGCUGAUUUAGUAUCUGUUAAUGAAAAUCGCGAGAUUCAGGUCAUCAUAUCAAGGUCUGAGGAAACUAUGUCGUUGAAACUCAUCCCACGUAAGGGCUGGGGUGGGCGUGGCAUGCUAGGGUGCCAUAUUGUCCCUCACCAAUCCUAGUCAUUAUCGACACCCUUUUGAGACCGCACAGAUUUUCUCCAUCCAUUACAGCUUUGUAUAUAUAAUCAUACGCACACUGUCAAAGAUCAUUCGCUCAUCGCUGGAGCCCUUGGAAAUGCAGACGAUACACGUUGCAGACUGCGUUCCGGGAUCGACAGCUCGGUGCGAGUUUCCGAACAUCCCGGGUCCAUAUGGCGUGUUCGAGCAAUUUACAAAAUGUUCCUUUCAUAUUGGAGCAUUUGUUGUCAAUCUCAAGCCU